UUAUCUCAACGAGUGAUCCUAUGCUACGAUCAAGUAAAUUUUGAAAGCUGUUAAUGUCCGGCACUAAAACACUAAUUUGCAGACAUAUACAAUUUAGUAUGCAAGCCACAUUAUUACACCAAAUCUUAAUAUAAAGUGAAAAAUUUCUCAGUAAAAUUAUUGUUGUUACGAAGCAUAUGCGGGCGGAAACCCGAUCAUGUAAACACAGAGUUAUAAUCUUUGCGUUCGUGUAGCUAAUUGUUCUCGAGAGUAGUUCGAGGUUCUGACUUGCAAACAUCAGUGAAAUAUGUCUAUUUUGUAUAUUAUAAUAUCGUUAUCACUCAUACAACAAUCUGCGUUCGCUAAUGCGGAAGAUCACGAUGAGGAUCAAGCGAGCUCAUCCAGUUCGUUCAUAGAUUCUUACGAAAAAGGUGUCCAGAGUUACCUGACAAAUGAGUUCGAAGAUUGCGUAUAUUACCUGGAGCAGGCUGUUGAUAGGUAUCGUAAUUAUUACGAAACUACCGCAAACUGCCGAAUAGAGUGUGAUUAUGCUACUCGUGACGUGAAAAAUCGAGGUGAUUUCAUCCAUCCUGUUAAUAUCGAAAACCUUCAGUUUUAUGAGCUGAUUCUGAAGCGAACAUUAUGUUUAACCAACUGUCGCAAAAGAAAUUUCAAAAGCUUGCCGUUUGAGGAAGAUUGAGGAUAUUACAUGGACUUGUUCAAUCGAAGAGCAUACGCUUAUCUUCAUUCAUGCUAUACAAAGACUGAUCAGAUCACAGAAGCAGCAUCCGCAGCGCUUACAUACAUGGUGAAACAUCGAGACACUGUAAUGCAGAAAAAUUUCGAAAACUCAAUUGAAACUCCUGGUGUCAAUAAAACCGAGAUCGUAGACAUGGAGGAGAAGAAAUUUGUCGAACUUUUUGUCGCUGGAAUUCUAGCCCUGAAUGAUAAGAAUUGGGAAAAUGCCGUGUCGUUCAUGGAGAGUUCAGUCAUGCAGUACAUUUUCGACGAGAAUCAGUGUCGAGCAUAUUGUGAAGGAGAAUUCGAUCACGGAUUCUUACCAGACUUUAUUUCUGCUAUAGGAAAUCAUUUCACCAAUGCUUUAUACUGCAAAAAAAAUUGUUCCAUGGAAAUGGGACAGGUACGAGGCAAGUUUUAUGAGAACAUGUUUGCUGCUCAUUAUAAAUAUUUGCAAAUGGCAUACUACGAAGUGAAAAAAUACGAAGAAUCCUACCGCACGGGUCUCAGUUAUCUUUUGUUUGACAAACAUAACGAAGACAUGCACAAUAAUCUUAAACUUAUUAGCAAAGAACACAAAGGAUUGCUUGGAAAAGAUGCGUUCAAAGAUAGAAGGGAAGCAGCGGAGUAUCGUGAAAGACAACUAUAUGAGGAAAAAUUGAUUGCAUUCAUCAAGCGAGAAUUUGAAUCCACCAGCAGCGAUAUCGAGUCGAAUGAAGAAGAAUAUUUGAAUCGAAAACCUAUUGGCGAAGAAGAACUUUAUUCUGUAAACUCUAGUGAUGAUGAUAACCAAAGAGAAAGUGAGAUCGACCCAGCAACCAUUGAAGAAGGAACGAUUUAUCAAACACCCAACAGAGGGUAUCAUGAGGAGUUUUAAUAGCAUAGUUAAUAAAUAGAAUGAUACCCUCUAACUCAAUGUCACAAACAUGACUCUCAUUUUUGAGCAAAUGAAAAUACUCUAGCAUAGUGACGACGAGUGCAAUUACUGAAAUUUAUAAUUAUACAAAUAAUGACAUACA